UGUCUAGAGAUUUCAAUUCAGAUAUUCAAUUAAUUGCCAUUGAUACAAAAAUGCCAGGUCUUAGAAACCUCAAGUGUAUUCGUGACACUGCCAAAGAAGGAGGAUGGACUGGUCACGACGCCCUGGAAGAACAGCCAUUGAGUCCCAUGGCUCGUUUGUUUCACGAACCAGGUUCAAACGUCUAUAUCAUAUCUAUGUUGGGCUCAACAACCAAAAUCUAUCCUGAUGUUGUGAAAGCAAAUUUGGAGCAUACUCUCCUCAUGCACCCUCGUUUCUCUAGCUUGCAGGUUGUGGACAAAGAAAAUGGUGGAGAGAUGAAAUGGGUUCCAGUAAAGGUGAACUUGGACAACCAUGUGAUAGUCCCAGAGCUGAACCCAAACAUGGGCCCACCAGACAAGAUUGUUGAGGACUACAUCUCCAACCUCAGCAAAACCACCAUUCCGAAAUCCAGACCUCUUUGGGACCUCCACCUCCUGAACAUCAAGACCUCGGACGCCGAGGCCUUGGGUGUCUUCCGCAUCCACCACUCCAUUGGCGAUGGCAUGUCUUUGAUGUCUCUUCUACUCGCCUGCUGUGUCAAGGCUUCCAACCCUCAGGCUUUGCCGACCAUCCCUGUGAUGAAGUCGUCAACUUCAAACAAUUCAAGAGGGUUUUGGUCGGUGAUUCAGCUGGUUUGGAACACCAUCGUUGGUGUUUUGAUGUUUGUUGCGACUGCAUUGUUCUUGAAGGACACCAAAACGCCUCUGAAAGGUUCUCGGGGCGUUGAGAACAAUCCUCGCCGUUUCAUUCACCGGACAGUUGGUCUUGAAGAUGUUAAGUUGAUAAAGAAUGCCAUGAACAUUACGAUCAACGAUGUAGUGGUUGGAGUCACACAAGCUGCUUUGUCUCGAUAUCUAAACAGGAAAUAUGGUGAGAUUAGGAAGGAAAAGGGAGCAACAGAGAAGAAAAAUUAUCUUCCAAACAACAUUCGUCUUAGAGCAACCUUUUUCAUCAACAUAAGACCAUCAGUAGGGAUUCAUGCUCUGUUUGAUAUGAUGAAAAAGGGAACUAAGGUGAGAUGGGGCAACAAGAUCGGUUAUGUCCUCCUUCCCUUCACCAUUGCAUUGCGGGAUGACCCAUUAGAUUAUGUUCGUGAAGCAAAAAGUGUUAUUGAUCAAAAGAAAGCUUCAUUUGAAUCUGUAUGCACAUACAUAAUUACUAAGCUAAUUAUCAAGUUCUUUGGCAUUAAGGCUGCAGGUGUUCUCAAUUACAAAGUUUUUUCCAACACAACAUUAUGGUUCUCCAACGUACCUGGACCCCAAGAAGAAAUUGCAUUUUGUGGGCAUUCAAUGGCCUACGUUGCUCCCAGUUGUUUUGGCCAACCCAAUGCAUUGAUGAUUCAUGUGGUGAGUUAUAUAGACAAAUUGACCUUUAUGAUAUCAGCUGAUGAAGGAACAAUUCCGGAUCCACAACAGCUGUGUGAUGAUCUUGAACACUCCCUCAACCUCAUCAAAUCGGCUGUCUUAGCUAAAGAUCGAUCAGUACUGCAUCAAGAAUGAAUGACUAGCAAGAUCAUAAAUGUGUAUGCAUGUACCAUGUGCACGUAUGCACACAUCCAACACACAAUUCGUUGCGUGUCGACGAUCUACCUGCAGGCAGCAAUACAUGCAUGCAUGCAUGACUCGCAUAAUAUAUAUUCGAUCGUUUACAUGUUACAUGUAAUAUUAAUGAGAGUAGCAUAUAGACGUUUUAUGCACAAUAACAUUUCAUUUUCAAUCUUAGAGUUACAAUUUUCUAAUAGGAGCUGUGCACCGGUUGUAGAGGAUGAUGUUAUACGAUGUAAAACCAUGCAUGUAUAAUCAUUAAAUAAUUUUAAACUAUUUUACAUGUACUUUAAUUAAAAGUUUUUGCACAA